AUGUAUUGGUUUUGGCGUAUUACUAUAUCUCUUAUCGCUACUGCCAUUUCCAUAGGAACUUUGAUUUCCUUUAUUUCAGCAAGUGUCUUUAACGUUAAAGUUUCACUCAGUAUUCCUAAAUUGGAUAUCCAUAAAAUCCCUCCAGUAGAUACAAUCAUACCUCAACUGGCUCAAUCCGCUGCGGCAGCUGAUGCCAGCAUGACUUAUUCUCUUCCAACUGCUACUCUAACAAGUAAUUCUUUAACCGCAACCAUAUCCCUCGCGACAACCAUCCCCAAAACAACAACAAAAGUCACGAACAAAAAGUCAAAAAACAAUGAUCUGGGAGACGAAUUGCAAGAUCCAUCUCUGCCGAGCAAUUUCAAUUUUUCUCAAAUAGCAGUUUCCCCUCAAGAAUGCCUUUCUUUUGCAAUAAAAUGCAGAGAUGUCCAAUGUGCUUUCGAUGACUUUGAUGUAACUUGUGAUCAAAAUCUUGGCCCCAUUUGCACUUGCGGUAAGAUACAUGCGAUAAAAAGCUGA